ACAGAAGUAGCUGCUGAAACUACCAAACCCAGAAAACAGAAGUUUUUAGCAUUCUUUGGCAUUUUAAUUUUCCCUCCUUGGAGAUCCAAGUUAGCUGACAUGCCUAUGAGAAAUGUAGACUUGCAUCUGCAAACCAGAAUAACCAGCUUUCAACCAACACACACACCUUGAGGAAAACUAAAGACGGACGGCAGUGAAGCUGCAUUGCCUGAUCAUGCUGGAGAAGAGCAUGGAGGAUCAGGAUAGGAGCGGUAACAUUAUCGAGAUUCAUAGCAAUGAAUUCUAUACUGCAAUUAUGGAUGAAGAUGUGGGACGUAUACAAGACAUCUCCAAAAAGUAUGGCUGCAACUUUUUCAUCAGGAGACAAGCUGGUUCGCGCGGAGAAGUUUUCUGGAAGGGUCUUGCUAUCCUUCCCCUUCAUCUGGCUGCCUCUUACAGAAGAGUAAAGAGUAUGCAGAGCUUGCUGUCAGCAGGGGCAGACCCUGAAAUUAGGGACCGGCUCGGUCGAACCACUCUGCACUUGUUGAUAACCAGUUGGCCGAGCAUCUUGACCUGGCCUAAACCGGAUUCCAAGGUCCAGACUGCGGUGACCAAAGUUCGCACACCGGCAGAGGCCUGUUUACAGCUCCUCUGUGAGCAUGGUGUUAACGUCAAUGCAGUGGUGGAGGGGGAUUGUCAACAAUCAGCUCUCCACCUGUCGGUUCGCUUCAUGGCUCUGUCUGCUAUUCAUAUUCUGGCCAGCUAUGGUGCUGAUGUGAACGCUGUGGACAGCUGUGGGAUGACGCCCCUACACAUGGCCGUAGGGAUCCUCCAUAAAGACAUUAUGGCCAGCUUGAUCAAAGAGGGAGCAGAUGUUAACAUGGAGGUGAAGCACUCUGGAAACACUCCUCUACACCUAGCUGUUGUGGCAAUGGCUGUGAAGACCAAAACCCUAGAGGAUGACAAUAGCUGUGUGUCUGGGCUGCUCAAGCAAGGGGCUGAGGCCAACGCUACAAACAAAAUUGGGAUGACACCUUUACAGGAUGCGUGCAGCAUGGGUAACGAGGAGCUGGUGGACCUGCUGCUCAGGCAUGGAGCCAACAUCAAUAAGCUGAGCAAAGCAGGGGAGAACUGUCUGUUCCUAUUCCUGAACCACAGGCCUAAUGUAAAGAACAACUCUCUGCUGGUGAAAAUCUUCAGUCUGACUUCCCCGCUUACAUUAUACAACCAGAAGGGCCAGCUGCCCUUAACCUUGACGCUACCAUGUUUCUUCAAACAGAGAGACCAGCUACUAACACUCAUUCAGCAGCCAAGGAGGCUUCAGGAUAUUUGCAAGAUUGUCAUUUAUCUAAAACAUGUCCAAGACAAGAGAAAAGAGUUGAGAAAAAUCCUUCCUGGGAGUCUAUAUGACUUUGUAUUUAACUACUGGGAGAAUUUACACAUUUCCUUUGUGACAGACGGUGAACAGAACUCAUUUAAUAACUUAUUUGAUACUGCCCCUAUUUAACAGUUGUGCUAGUCCUAGUCAUGCAGUGGGCCUUUGCAUAAGACCAGCAUCUGAUGAAACAAAAUUUACUGAAGCGGCUUACCUUCAAGUCUCUGUGCAUGAUUCCCCUGGAGUGAAUGUACUCCACUCCUUCAAGUAUCCUUCUAAGCAGGCUGAGUGUGUGCUCAUCAUCAACGCAUCCAUACGGACCUUCAGAUAAAAACAACAACAACAACAACAACAACUUAAUAAAUGUAUUUUAUACGUCAGAACAGAUGUGGAAUGUAUCAUCAGCAUAAACUAAUUCUGUUUCUCUCAUCUGUUAUAAUGUAAAGUAAUGCAUACCGUAAUUUCCGGACUAUAAGCCGCGACUUUUGUCACAAGCUUUCAACCCUGCGGCUUAUGCAAUGAUGCGGCUAAUUUAUGCAUUUUUUCUAACGGCCGCCAGGGGCGCCCGAGCAGUAAAGGUAAGAGUGAGACAGGUGGAAUAUAUGUGUCGAGGAAGACGCAAGUUUAAUGUAACUUCGCGCUUUGUGCAUGAAUAAAAUUAGCAUGAACAGACCCUUAUCAUGGAAAAUGCAAGAAGAAAUGCAUAUGAGGCAGCUUUCAAGUUAAAAGCAAUCGAGCUGGCCAAUAAUGAAGGAAACAGCUGCUGCACGUAAACUUGGCAUAAAUGAAUCGAUGGUGAGACGCUGGAAACGGCAGCGGGGAUGUUUUUGUAACCAGCCCUGUUAGUGAGUGCUAACGUGUUGCUGCUGUGUUACUGCCGUGUCUCAGUGAUUUUAACCGGUAUGUUUUUUUAAACCGGCCCUGUUAGUGCUGUGCUACCAUGUUGCUGUUGUGUUAUUG